UUAGAAUUUUUUGCAUACGGCAAUGUAAAUUGAAAUACAGAAGUGUUUAUUCGUUUGUUGUAGAAAGUACAGUAGGUACUCGAGACGCGUGAGUUGCGGAGUUGUGUAGCCGUCGAUGCGUUUCAGUUAGUUUCGGGCGGUGUAUAAUGGCAGGCCAGGUUGACAGCGUUGUGGAGGCGUACCGGGCUGCGGUGAGGUACGCCGCCGUGACCUCCGCGCAGGUGCUGUCGACCGAGGGUGGCGAUGGCUGUCAGGUGACCUCCAGGUGGUCCCAGAGGAACCUCGAGACGGAGAAGAUGACCAAGUUCCAGCUGACGCACGUCCUGGACGGCUCCCUGAGCAAGGUGGCGGAGCUGUUCCCGGUCGACGUGGCGUCCGAGCUUAUCUCGGCCGUGUCGCCCUCGGGCCGGCUGCGCGCCGUGGUGCGAGAGCUGCCGGCCGCCGCGGGCACGGCCAAGCGCCAGCUGCUGGAGGUGUGGAAGCAGGCCGUGCUGUGGCUGUCCCUGGACCUGACUGCGCUGGACGUGCACGGCGACGUGUACGCUGAUGGGGAGUUUGGCUCGCUGGAGUGGUCGCCCUGCGAGCAGAAGUUGGUGUACGUGGCGGAGGAGAAGGUGCCAAAGUCCGAGCCCUUCUACAAAGUGAAGCCGCAGGAGAAGACGGAGUCCGACUCCAAGACAGAGUCCGACUCAAAGACCAGAAAAGGGGAGGAGCACGUGUACCGCCAGGACUGGGGCGAGCAGCUGGUCGGCAAGCACCGCCCCGUGGUGGUGGUGUGCGACACCUCGGCGCCCGCCGCCCCGCUCGCCCUGCUGGGGGGCCUGCCCCCGCACCUGUGCCCCGGCCAGGUGCUCUGGGCGCCCGGGGGCGGCGCGGUGGUGGGCGUGGCCUGGGACUCCCGGCCCCGCCGCCUGGGGCUCAUCUACUGCACCAACCGACCCUCGCUGCUGUUCCACCUGGCCCUCGACGGCGUCUUCACGCCGCUGACCGCGGACGGGUGGGCGGUGCGCUCCCCUAGGUUCAGCCCGGACGGCCUGACCCUGGUGUGGCUGCAGAGGAGGGCCGGCGGGCCGCACCACGGGGCACACAGCCUGAUGCGCGCUGCCUGGGACUCCUCCCUCCAGGUGAAGGGGGAGGAGGUGGUGCCUGUGGCACGGCAGCCCGUGCCGCUGGCCGGUGGCGACGUCUGGCACGGGAUCUACAACCAGCAGCUGCAGCGGCGGUGCUGGGCCGCCGACUCCCGCCGCGUGCUGCUCAGCUCGCCCCAGAAGCAUUCCGUCGUCCUGUACGUCGUGGACACGGACAGCGGCGAGGUGGCGAGCCUGGGGCUGCCGGAGACGGACCUCACACUACUGGACGUGCAGGGAGACACGGUGGUGUGCGCACGCAGCAGCUUCAAGUCCCCCCCCGAGCUGGUGGUGGGGCGGCUGCCCCCCGCCGGCCGGGAGGCGGAGGUGCGGUGGUCGCCCCUGACCUGCCCCGCGCCCCCGCCCGGCCUGGAGCGCCUGGAGUGUCGCUACCUGGAGCUGGAGCAGGACUCCGCCGACCCCUGCAAGAGCUUUAACGCCAUAUACUUUGGGCCGGGCGGCUCGGAGAAACAGGUGCCGCUGAUCGUCUGGCCCCACGGUGGCCCGCACUCUUCCUUCUCCAGCAACUACAAGAUGGAGGCGGCCUUCCUCGGAGCCCUGGGGUUCGGCAUGCUGUUCGUGAACUACCGGGGCUCGACGGGCGCGGGCCAGGACGGCGUGGAGUCCCUGCUGGGGGGCAUCGGGCGGGCGGACGUGAGCGACGUCCACCUGGCGGCCACGGAGGCGCUGGCCCGCCUGCCCCAGCUCGACCCCGCCAGGGCCGUGCUCAUGGGCGGCUCACACGGGGGCUUCCUGGUGGCCCACCUGAGCGCCCAGUACCCGCUGUUCUACAAGGCCGUGGUGGCGAGGAACCCAGUCAUCGACGUGGCCGCCAUGCUCUCCAUAUCCGACAUUCCUGACUGGUGCGUGGUGGAGGCAGGCUUCCAGUACUCCCCGGCCUCGGAUGUCCCCGCGGAGGUGUACGAGAAGAUGAGGGCCGUGUCGCCGCUGGCCCAUGUGCACAAGGUGGUCGCGCCCACGCUGCUGCUGCUGGGCAGGAACGACCUGCGCGUUCCGUGCAGCCAGGGGCUGGGCUACUACCACCUCCUGCGCGCCCGCAACGUGCCUGCCAGGGUGCUGCUGUACGACGACUGCCACCCGCUGGGGCAGACUCCGGUCGAGAUGGACAACAUCAUCAACGCUGCCCUGUGGUUCCGCGAGCACCUGGGCCUGGCUUCGUCCUAGCGUCUCGCUCCCACCCCUCCGCCCUCGUCUGCUCUCACCAGCGGCUGGCGAGGGGACACACGUCUCGCUUCAUCCAUUUGGCGUCAAUAUCAGGCCAAGUUAGGGUACGGUUUGCUCAAUUGCCAUCGGUAGAUAUCAUUUAACUGAACACAUGUAAUAUUUUAUCAAAUAAAAUAGUUUUUUCAGUAA